GCUCCCUCGGCAGCCCCGGCCCUCCCCGUCCCCCGCCAUUUCGCACCGGGACGGGCAGCGAGGCGGAGCCCCCGCCGCGCCGGGGCGGCCCACCGAGGCAGGCAGGCAGGCACGGAGACGCCGGCGUCGCCCCGCGGCUCGGCGCAGCGCAGCGCCACGCAGGUCUGCUAAAAAAUGACAGAAUAUAAGCUUGUUGUCGUUGGAGCUGGUGGUGUAGGCAAGAGUGCCUUGACAAUACAGCUAAUUCAGAAUCACUUUGUGGAUGAAUAUGACCCUACAAUAGAGGAUUCCUACAGGAAGCAAGUAGUAAUCGAUGGGGAAACCUGUCUCUUGGAUAUUCUUGAUACAGCAGGUCAAGAAGAAUAUAGUGCAAUGAGGGACCAAUACAUGAGAACAGGAGAAGGUUUCCUGUGUGUAUUUGCUAUAAACAAUACAAAAUCUUUUGAAGAUAUUCACCAUUAUAGGGAACAAAUAAAAAGAGUUAAAGACUCUGAAGAUGUCCCAAUGGUGCUAGUAGGAAACAAAUGUGAUUUGCCUUCCAGAACAGUAGAUACAAAACAAGCUCAGGAUUUAGCAAGAAGUUACGGAAUUCCUUUCAUUGAAACAUCAGCAAAAACAAGACAGAGAGUGGAGGAUGCUUUUUAUACAUUGGUGCGAGAGAUUCGACAGUACAGAGUGAAAAAAAUCAGCAAAGAAGAAAAGACUCCAGGGUGCGUGAAAAUUAAAAAAUGCCUUGUAAUGGGUGUUGAUGAUGCCUUCUAUACAUUAGUUCGAGAAAUCAGAAAACACAAAGAGAAGAUGAGCAAAGACGGGAAAAAGAAGAAAAAGAAGACAAAGACAAAGUGUAUAAUUAUGUAAAUACAAUUUAUCCUUAUUCUUAAGACAUACUUAAGUAAUUUUUGUACAUUACACUAAAUUAUUAGCAUUUGUUUUAGCAUUACUUUACUUUCUGCUUCAUGAUCCUGUUAGCUUUACCUGAAUGCUUGUUUUUAAUGACAGUGGAAACUUCAUUCCUCUUAAAGUGCCAGUAUUCUUUGAGUGUUGGUUCUUGAACUAGCAAUGCCUGUGAAGAAAACAAACAAACAAAAAAGACACAAAACAAACAAAAAAAAACCCACACACACAAAAACCUGAGAACUGUCUUAGGACUCUUUGGUGCAUGCACAGUUGCUAACUUCCUAUUUUUCUUACUGAUUGUGAACUUUCGUUCUGUGUGCAAACAAAACAAUGAAAUGAUGCUCUACACAUUCUAACACCCCCUUUAUUUUUUCUUUUCUUUCUUUUUAAAAUCUGGUUGGGAAAACGGAUUAGUUAGCAAAAGAGACUUUCAUUUCAGACUUCCUUUUUAUUUAGACUGACUGCAAUAUAGAGAGACCAGAAGCCUUUAUAGUCUUCCUGUAGAUUUUGCUUCUAGGCAUCUAGUCUUGUAGCAUUUCAGAUCAACUUUAAUGAAUGUAAAGAUAAAACUUUCACAAAAAAUUUUUCACUGCAAUUUGUCACGGUAAUUCCUUAAAUACUAUAUUUUUUCUAUAAAAAAAAAAGAAAAUUUAAAAAAAGACAAUAAUGCACAUCUGGCAAUGGAAAAAGUAAAAGUUCUAAUUAGAUUGAUUUGCUGUUGUUAAUGCAUUGCUUUAAGACUUUCACUUAACUCCUUGUGUCUGAAGACACCAAGGUGAAAUCUUAGCUCUCCAGAUCCCAUAGCAGUAAAUUAUCUUAAAGUAGCUUUGUUCAGUAGGUACAGGAUUUCACCCUUAGUGUCUCUAGGAAAAACUAGAAAGCCUUAAUAGAUAAGUUGAUUCAAAUUCUUAGGUUAAUUCAUACAUGGAUCCAGAAUUUAUCAUAAGAAUUAAAUCAGAAUGACUCCUAAAUUAUAUAGCAAAUUAAAACCAUUUGUUUUUUUCCCCAAGGGUGGCAUGAAAUAUUUCCAGAUGCCUAUUUUUAAAUUCUAGUAACCUCAAAUCAAUGAAUUAAUGAGCUUGAAUUUAGCUGCUUCAUGCAAAUAAUUUGGAAAUCCACAAUGCCAUAAAAUGGUGUGGAAUUUGCACAAAUCUUCAGCGUAGAACAUUGUUCCCAGACUCAAUGUUUGUGUGAUGUUUGUGAAGUGCUGGUUUUGUUGCACAGAUUAUAUGGUUGGUGAGUGGCAUUCCAGUGUCUAGACUGUCAUGAAACGAGACCAAGAUUUUAAUGUUGUCUUUCUCUGUGGUUAUAUUUUCUUGUGAUUUUUUUUCUUUUUUUUUUCUUCUGAUCAGAAUUAAUGCAGAAUUUUUGCAGAAGCUUUCCAUUUUGGUACUGAAGUAGUCUAGUCAUUUUGCACCAAAGUAAGAGCCAGUAAUUUCAGUGCUGCCAGUUCCUGUCAUCUUACUGGAAAUGUUGCCUUGUUAGAUGCUUUUAGAUGUGGCCUCAGUUCCAGAAGGUACACUAGUCCCUAAGUCAGCUGCAGAGUAAAAUUUGAAAGCGCGACUUCAGUGUACCCUAAUUUAAACAUGACAUUAAUGUAGGAUAAUUCAGGACACUGGACUGGUAAAUCCUGGAAGUUUGGAACAGGAAAUAGCAGCAUUGCUCUAACCUAAAGUAUAGCUAAACCAUUACAUGGAAAUUUUACACAGUAGAAUUCUAAUAUACCAGUGUAACUUAGACCAUUUAUAUGAUGUCAAAGGUGCAACUGCAUAAAUGUAAUUUUUUUUCUUUCUACAAAAAGAAAAAUACAGCAGUGACUGUUAGGUGGAGAGCUGCAGAGCUGGCAGGGGAAGUAUACUGUCUGGAUUGCAGCAUGUUCUUUAACUAAUGUGGCUAAGAAUUUAACAAAUGAACGUCUUUCCCUGCCUGCACUGCUUGUUCCCCUAGGCCCCCACCAAAACCCAGUCUCUCCCCUUUCAGCUUCAAUACGAAAUAUACUUCAGAUUAUGAAAGAUUGUGAAAAAUGGUAAUAGGAGAGACUAGCACUAUAUUUUAAGGGCCAGUAAGGAAUACAGACAAAUUCUUAAUGUUACAAAACAUUUUACAGCAUCCAAGGUUAAAAGAUGUAUUGGAGACAGCUGGUUAUUUGCACAUUUUAGAUGCUCUUGAUUAUAUAUGAAGAGCAUAGCAAAACUUGAUAGUAUAUCUUGCGCAAACAAAAGCAAUCCUUAGAUGACUCUUAAGAUUUUUGGUAACUGAGUCACACUGCAUGUAAAAUUAGGGCUGGUCUAAAAUUCUCAUGUUAAUUUAAUUAAAAAUGGUAGGAGAAAUAAAUUUAGCAGAAAUGUCUUAAUCAUCAAAUGCAGAUCAAUAUAGCUCUAAUAUGAAGCUAUAUGUAAGUAGUUUUUUCAGUAAGUGUGAUCUGUAGCUACCAAUCAAAUUAUUACAAUCUAUUUACAUUUGCCCUUAUAGACAUUAAAAAAAAAAAGCUCAUCCUUGCCACUGUUGUGCAGUUUUGUCUUAAUAUUUGUAAAGAUUUGGUGAAGCAUGUUGGAUUGCAGCUUGCACACGUUGAUCUCAUAAUUAUUCUGUUUUUUCCCUAUUUGAAAUGCUUUCAAAAAACAUACCUGGAUGUACUAUCAUUUCUGAUAGUAAAUGCUAAAUAAACAUGUGAAUCACGUACCAUGUUAAUACAUUAAAUUGCCACGUGUCAGGGAGUAACACCUUCUUAUGGUAGCUUUAUGUAACAUGGGUAAACAACUUUAUCAUCGGUUUUCUCAGAACUGAAAAUUCUUUUAACCAGUCUCAUUGCCCUAAAUUUUUUUCCUAACUUAAGAAAAAAAAAGUUACACUGCAUAGAAUUUGUUACAAUAACAGGAUCUCUGUCAGGGGUAAAUCCCGACACACAAUCUUCUACUCUUUGCUCUAUAAAGCAAUACAGUUAUUACCUUCAAAGACCAUCAAACUGUAUACAAAUCAUUUUGUCUGAAGUUUACAUAAAGCUACACAGAUGGUAAAUCUUUCCUAACAUUUCUUUAUUCCACUGUCUCGUGUUUUCAUGUUGAAAAUACUUCUGCUUUUUCCUCUUGAGUGCCAACUUCUUACUAGAAUGACUUCUUAAUGUAACAUGUUUACCUGGAAUGUAUUUUAACUAUUUUUGUAUAGUGUAAACUGAAACAUGCACAUUUUGUACAUUGUGCUUUAUUUGAUGUGGAACAUAUGCAGUGUGAUCCAGUUUUUCCAUCAUUUGGUUGCGUGACCGGAAUGUUGGUCAUACCAGAUAUUAAGUUUAAAAAAAAAAAACAAACACUGUUUUAAAAUUUUUAAUGUUUUUAGGAGUAUGUGCUGUGAAGUGAUCUGGAAUUUGUCAUUUUUUUGUCAAACUGUACUGCUCCUAUUUAUUGUAAUGUAAUAAAAAAAAUAGGUAUUGUGA